GAAGAUUUGCUCUCAAUCUCAAUUGUGCACUGGUGGUCUAUACCUAGUUUUGAAAUAAGAUAUAUCAAAACUCAUGCAAGGAAAUGGGCGUGAAUAUGCAUACUUUUGGGAUCAUAGAAUCAGCUAAUCAUUGUGUGGAAUAAGGGGUCAUCUAAAUGAUAACUAGGUGGGCGUGGCUGUCUAGGAGCCCAUGCGCAGGCAGAAAGUGAAUCAUUCUGAAGUUUGCAUUGGCACAUAUUAUUUGGAGGUUCUGCUAUAAAAUGGAAGCCAUAACGAACUUGGAAACACAGCAGAGUACACGACAUAAAGGCCACCAUGGGCAGCGGCACUGCUGUUAGCAAUAUGAAAAACGCCAUCCUAGCAUUCUUGGUUCCCCUUCCCUCCAUCCUCUUUUACCUCUCAUUCCUCUCUGCCACUAAUGGCAGUGUGGCGGACCCCAAGUCCCCAUCUUUUACGUCAACUGUGUGGACAUGGUGUUAUCACUACCCUCUGCUAUUAGCCAAUGUCCUUUUCUUCUUCAACGUGAAUGUGCUCUUUUGGGUCAUCGGCUUAAUCCAAUCCAGCCACUGGAUGAUUGAUCCCUAUUGGACAGUGAUACCUGUGAUGCUUGUUCAUUACUAUUCAGCUCAUCCUUUGGCUCAGUAUCAUUGCUGGAGGUCGAGGAUCGUGAUCCUGUUGACUUGGGUGUGGAGUAUCAGGCUCAUCCAUAACUACUUCAGGCGAGAAAAGUGGCAGUGGGGUGUCAGGGAGGAUUGGCGUUUCACUGAUAUGAGCCAUCAGUAUGGCAGCCAUUGGUGGUGGGUUUCCUUCUUCUCUAUCUACGUCCCUCAGCAGUUGUUUUUGAUGGGAUUAUCACUUCCCUUCUAUGUUAUCCACUCGGUCAAUCAGCCUUUGAGCAUCUGGGACUUGUUAGCCACAAUUGUAUGUGUAUCAGGCAUUGUCAUAGCAUACUUUGCUGAUACUCAGCUUCACAACUUUGUGAGUAGAAACAACAAGCUAAAAGGACAAGGUAAACCCGUGGUCCCUGUCCUUGACAAUGGCUUAUGGUAUUAUUCUCGGCAUCCGAAUUACUUCGGUGAGCAGUUGUGGUGGUGGGGGCUAGUUGUGUUUACUUGGAACCUAGGACAUGGAUGGACCGUUAUAGGAGCAUUAGCUAAUACCAUGUGUUUAGCUUAUGUGACUAAGCUUGUGGAGAACCGAAUGUUGAGCCAAGACAACAGAGCAGAGGCAUAUAGGCUGUAUCAGAGAACAACUUCUGUAUGGGUACCUUGGUUCAAGUCCUCUCCUUUAGGACUAAAAAGUAAGAAUGUUUGAUGUUUUUGUUAGUGGUAUGAUUGGCUAGUUGAUUUUGUACGACAAUCGUUUCUAUCUUUUUAAUUUUGCCUAGUUCGUUGACUAUGUGACAGAGUCACCAGUUAUAUGUACUCUGGGUAUGCAGUCACGGUUUCUAGUAUAAAUAUCCAUGACUGGGUCUUCUUAACAAACAAGUCUUCUUAAUUACUUCAGAGUUUGUUUGGGAUCGGGGUUUGGAGGGAAAGGAAGGGGAAGGUAAAUUAGAAUUUCGCUGGCCAUGCUACCUUUUCCGUUGCAAGUACAACCAACAGUUUAUACAUUGUCACUUCAAUUAUGAUGGAAUAGUAUGUGGUGUGACUUUAUCUUUA